UAUAAUCUGUCUGUCAGUGCAACGAGAAAACGUCUUUCAUCUUUAUAUAUACGUGAUGAAAUGUCAUUGUUUUCAACAUUCCACGUAAUAAUCGUUUACUCUGUUCUGCAAAACAAGGGCCGUACAUUUUUAUUGGCGAAGGAAGAAACAAAGGGGAAAUAAUCGUGUACAUGUUGAAAAGUCGCGGAAUAUUAUUGAUAUAAUUACAAUGUUUAACCCCAACCAAGAACCGGACAUUCCAGCCGCGUUGGGUUUGUUAAAUCAUCUCAACAAUGAUGAACUCAAAGAACUAUUGAACGAUGACGCAAAAUUCGAGGACCUCGUGAAGGAUGCCAAGCAGUUCAAGGAUUUGGAAACAGAGAAGGAAAUGCUCAUGGCGAGCAACAGAUCACUUGCAGAAUUCAAUUUAGCAAAACAACCAGAACUGGAAGAAGGAAAAAAAGAGCUGAAAGAAUUAGGGGAACAGGGCAGCGAACUUUGUAUUAGUGUUCAGAAGAAACUGGAGGAAUUAAAGGAAAAAUCAGGUUCUAUGUCCGUUGAUCAUGCACUUGAGCUUUUGCAAGCGGGAGCAGCGGAAAUUGAGGAGGAAUCAGAAAAACUAGCAGAAAAAUUUAUUGCCGGUGAUGUUGAAGUGGAAGAAUUCCUGGACCAAUUUAUGACGAUGAGAAAAUUAAUGCAUCAUCGCAAAGUUAAGGUUGACAAGAUGCGGGAAUUAAGAAGAAAAUCUGUGGGUUAUCCGUCAGCAAUAGGUCCGGGUUAUCCUCUGGCUAGUAAUUAUCCAGGCAUGGGAUCAGGAUUGCCAUAUCCAACAAAUCAACUAUCCAUGCCGAUGCCUGGAUACAGACCUUAUUAAAAGCCUGGGAAUAAAUAAGAUCAACAUAACGUGAGGUGGAGUUACGCACAUACAGAUGCGCAGCGUGCGCAGAUCUUGUAAUUAUAGAGAACGACAGAAGAAUAACUUGUAACGAAAAAAUAAGUAAUUUCAUAAAGUGGCCCAUAUUAAAAAAAAGACUAACAUUAGUGAGAAUGUAUUAUCUUUAUUAGCAACACGACGAAAGAAAAAAAGAAAAACAAAAGCGAAAUUCAUGAUCAUCUGAUAUAAUGUAUAAUGUAAGAUAAAACAAAUGCGUUCAAUUUAUUGAGCACCCUAUUUAAAGUAUCAUGUUGUGUAAUAAAUGAAUUUAUAUUUCUCUAUGUAAUAAAAUUUCUACACGUA